UUGUUCAUUCAAUUUUUAACGUCGGUACAUUUCGUUUGCGUGUUCGAAGAAUUUUUUUCUAGCCCAAUUUAAAAGUUGGGGGAAUAAAUUCACUUUCUAUACGGACGUUUCAGUGGAAACAAUAAUUAGGAAUAAUUUUUAUACAUAGAAACAAUUAAUUAAAAGCACAGCAAAUAACAAUGGGAAUUAAAUUCCUUGAAGUCAUAAAACCCUUCUGCAGUAUACUGCCAGAAAUUGCUAAACCAGAACGCAAGAUUCAAUUCAGAGAGAAAGUGCUAUGGACCGCCAUAACGCUAUUCAUCUUCUUGGUUUGCUGUCAAAUUCCUUUGUUCGGUAUCAUGAGCUCCGACUCAGCUGAUCCCUUCUACUGGAUUCGUGUUAUUUUGGCCUCCAAUCGUGGUACCCUUAUGGAAUUGGGUAUCUCUCCCAUUGUCACCUCUGGUUUGAUUAUGCAAUUGUUGGCUGGUGCCAAAAUCAUCGAAGUCGGUGAUACUCCCAAGGAUCGUGCUUUGUUCAAUGGUGCUCAAAAAUUGUUCGGCAUGGUUAUUACUAUUGGUCAAGCCAUUGUCUACGUAAUGACUGGCAUGUAUGGUGAUCCAUCAGAAAUUGGCGCUGGCGUUUGUCUGUUGAUCAUUAUUCAAUUGUUCGCUGCUGGUUUGAUUGUUUUGCUUUUGGAUGAAUUGUUGCAAAAGGGUUAUGGUUUGGGCUCCGGUAUCUCUCUCUUUAUUGCUACCAACAUUUGUGAAACUAUCGUAUGGAAGGCAUUCUCCCCCACCACCGUCACUACCGGCCGUGGUACUGAGUUCGAAGGUGCUGUCAUUGCCUUAUUCCACUUGAUGGCCACUCGCAGCGAUAAGGUCCGUGCUUUGCGCGAAGCUUUCUAUCGUCAAAAUUUGCCCAACUUGAUGAACUUGUUGGCCACCGUACUCGUGUUUGCUGUCGUCAUAUACUUCCAAGGUUUCCGUGUUGAUUUGCCCAUCAAGUCUGCUCGCUACCGUGGUCAAUACAGCAGCUAUCCCAUAAAGCUUUUCUAUACCUCUAACAUCCCCAUUAUCUUGCAAUCAGCUUUGGUUUCAAACUUGUAUGUUAUCUCCCAAAUGUUGGCCGUAAAAUUCCAAGGAAACUUCUUCAUUAACCUUCUCGGUGUUUGGGCUGAUGUUGGUGGUGGCGGCCCAGCCCGCUCCUACCCAAUUGGUGGUCUCUGCUACUAUUUGUCGCCACCCGAAAGUGUUGGCCACAUUUUAACCGAUCCCAUCCACGCCAUUCUCUACAUUGUCUUCAUGUUGGGCUCUUGUGCGUUCUUCUCCAAAACAUGGAUUGAUGUAUCUGGAAGCUCUGCCAAGGAUGUUGCUAAACAAUUGAAAGAACAACACAUGGUUAUGCGUGGCCAUCGUGAAAAUUCUAUGAUCCAUGAAUUGAACCGUUAUAUUCCCACAGCUGCUGCCUUUGGUGGUUUGUGUAUUGGUGCUUUGUCCGUGUUGGCCGAUUUCUUGGGAGCCAUCGGUUCAGGUACCGGUAUUCUAUUGGCUGUUACCAUUAUCUACCAAUACUUUGAAAUCUUCGUUAAAGAACAAUCUGAAAUGGGCGGUAUGGGCACACUGCUGUUCUAAGCUAAGCGCAUUCAAUCACUUAGUUAAGAGCGUGUCAAGUGUGUGUAUAUGUUUGUAUGUUUAGGUACAUAAGUGAAACUCGAAACAUUUUACGUUUUGGGUUUUUUUAUAAGAUUUCUUUGUAAUUACUUUUUUAUUUAAAACAAUAUAUAGAGCAGGAUGCGAGGCAAGGCAAGAUGUUUGUUUCGUAAUCUUUUUCUAAAUUUUAUUAGAAGAAGUUGAAAAUUUUAAAAUUUUCUUUAACAGCAAACAUUUGUCUAACACCUUCCAUAUUUUGCUUUAGUGAUUCCUAUUCACCUCAUAAAAUGCAAACCGCCUGCAAAGGAGAAGAAAAUGAAAAAUUCCACCUUUUAAAUUAAAAUGUUUAUACAAUUAAAAACAUCAUCCUUCCAUUUAUUUUAAACAUCGUUUGUUUCGAACUGUUUUCUUAAGCCUAUUUGAGGUUUACUAUAAUUGUUUUCAUACCUUUUUUUAACAAAAAAAAGAAAAUACUAGUUUUAUGUUAAAAUAUUUUUUUUACGAAAAUUCUAUAAAGA